AUGCCAAACUGCCCGGUUUGUGGGAUACCUAUUUCCCUAUCCGCUCUCAAGGUCGACAAUCUAUUCAAAGAGCUUGUGGACACCUUUCCAUUGACCAUUGAGAGCAUCAGGAUUAGCAGAGACGAUGGUGACAACUGGAUCAUCCUGCCAGCAAAUUCAUCCCUACCCCCUGCUAUUGAAGUGGUUGACCUGACACUGACCCCAGACUUGGACUAUUCCGAUGAUUGUACCGAUUGGGUUGCUAUUAAAACGGAAGAAUCCGUUCAGGUGGAAAGCAAAGCUUUCCAGCCGCUCCCGGAAGUUCCAUUGUCCUCAUCAUCACCAUCCGGCAAUGACGGAAUUCGAACGAAUCUUCGACCGCUUUUUGCACCAGCCUGUACUCAAGACCACCUUCCCAAUAUGCCACCUAUAUGCCCUGUCCCGGUGACUUGGCAUUCAACGCCGGUUGAGCUAGAAAGAGGCCCUUCAGCGCCCCCCACUCAAAUUGUCGUAGAAUCGGAAUCGGAAUCGGAUACCCAAUACGAUGGCAUUUCAGAUGAAAGCAACUUCCAUGCAAGCGAUUUCAGCUUUGAUCGCGAUUAUGACGAGGAUGAAGACGAUGACCAGGACGCCCUUACAUCUAUGUACCAUGCCACUGGAUUUGUCGAUCAAUUUGAAUCUCAAAUACUUUUAUCCCUUUCCGAUGGAUUUACCACUGAGCCUAUUGGGCACUCUUUCCGCCCAAUUCGCCUCAGACACGCUUCAUUCAACAAUCAUGGGUUGGAUGGUGAUAACCACGACCUUGGGAGGCACAGAAACUUUUCCUCUGGAAAUCCCAUCCAGCUUCGGUGUCAAUCGGUACCCAAACAAAAGCAACAGAAGCGUUUGCUUUUCCAGGAUGGAAAAGACCGACCCCACCAACAAGAAACUGGUUGGAAGCUGCCUAACUUUACUGGGUUGCAGCCAAUGCAAAAGCGGGCUCGCCUUCCUGAUUCCAGGGCUCCUUCUCACACCGCCGCGAGUGGCCAUCAUCGACCUGGGUUUUCUUUUGAGGAUCCCAUUAUUAUUGACUAA